AUGUCUCCCCUUUUCUCUACGCAGGCAAAUGAAAUUGAGUAAAAGGCAUCAGUAAGAAGAAAGAAGCUAGACCCGCAUACCGUGCGAGGUGAAAAUUACUGUACAUCUUAAGAAGAAAGUAAAUAACAUUUAAUUUUACAUUUGAGAAGAGAAAUAAGAACAAGUGAUAAAGAAGACACAUUGUAAGGGUUUCGACGAUAUUCGGGUGUUUCUUUUCGGACGGUGGACGGAUGAUGUUUGGAGAUAUGACAUGGAGACAAGGGCUAUGCUUUGGCGCCUUUUUAAUGGUAGCAGUGGUGGUGUGCGUGGAGGCCAGUGAUAAGCAUUACACCAAUAGCUUCGUAGUAGAGGUUCAAGAUGGCGACAGUCCCCAUUCUCUUGCCAAGAGACAUAAACUAGAUUAUCUGGGACAGGUCUUGAAACAUCAGAAAAACCUUCACUACUUCCAGAAAAGAUCUGUGGAUGAGGAGGAACCACACAGCCACCGACGGAGAAGGAGCCUUGACGAUGCCACAACUCAACUAGAACAGGACCCUAUGGUAAAACGUGUCGUCCAACAAGAAGGAUACGUUCGAGUCAAGCGUGGAUUCAAAGACCUGAAACAAUUAUACGAGAAUUUUGAUCUUCCCGAAGUAAAACCGCACGCGGAGGAACCAGUCAAAGUUUGGAAAGAUGCCCCCUUUAACGACCCACUUCUCUCAAAACAAUGGUUUAUUAAAAAUAUUGGACAAGCAGACGGGCGGCCAGGAUUAGAUCUCAAUAUAGAAGAAGCAUGGAAGGCCGGAUACACAGGAAAGGGUGUCACUAUCGCUAUUAUGGAUGAUGGUAUUGAUUAUCUUCACCCUGAUAUCGCUCCUAACUUCAACGCCAAUGCUAGUUACGACUUUAGUAGUAACGACCCACUGCCCUAUCCACGAUACACGGAUGACUGGUUCAACAGCCAUGGCACGCGAUGUGCUGGAGAGGUUUCUGCCGUUGCCAACAACGGAGUUUGCGGCGUGGGCAUCGCAUACAACUCCAAGAUUGCAGGUAUUCGUAUGUUAGACCAGCCGUACAUGACAGAUAUCAUUGAAGCUUCGUCCAUGAGUCAUCUCCCUCAAGAGGUAGAUAUCUACAGUGCCAGUUGGGGACCACAGGACAACGGUAAAACAGUGGACGGUCCUAGGGAUUUCACUCUGGAUGCAAUUGCCAAUGGCGUCAACAACGGCCGAAACGGAAAGGGUAGCAUCUAUGUGUGGGCUUCUGGAGACGGUGGUCCAAUGGAUGACUGUAACUGCGACGGAUAUGCAUCUAGCAUGUGGACAGUGUCUAUCAACAGUGCCAUCAAUGACGGUAGGACAGCCCUCUACGACGAGUCUUGCUCAUCAACACUGGCUUCAACCUUCAGCAAUGGAAGGAAGAACCGACACCCUGAGGCCGGUGUGGCCACUACUGAUCUGUACGGAAACUGCACGUUGUCCCAUUCUGGAACGUCUGCUGCUGCACCCGAGGCUGCAGGAGUCUUCGCCCUUGCUCUUGAGGCAAACCCUGAUCUGACCUGGCGUGAUAUCCAACAUCUAACAGUCCUGACCUCCCACAAGAACCAGCUCUAUGACGAGAACUACGAUUGGCAGUGCAAUGGUGUUGGUCUGGAGUUCAACCAUCUCUUUGGGUUUGGUGUGCUUGAUGCUGGUGCCAUGGUCAAGCUGGCCGAGAAAUGGGACAUUGCCCCGGAGAGAUUCCAUUGCACCGGAGCUAAGUGGAACGGAUCAAGCACUGUGAGAGCUGGAGAUAAGUUGGUUCUGAAGCUUAACACCGAUGCUUGCACUGGGCAGAAGGGCCAUGUCCGCUACCUGGAGCACACUCAAGCCAUCAUCACGAUCAACAGCAGUCGCCGUGGAGAUGUUACGCUCAACCUGACCUCCCCAAUGGGUACCCGAAGCAUUCUGCUCAGCACACGACCUCAGGAUGACGACAACAAGGAUGGCUUUCAGCACUGGCCUUUCAUGACCACCCACACUUGGGGCGAGGACCCACGUGGAGAAUGGACCCUAGAGGUUGCUAUGGUAGAUGGCUCCGAACACGCCGCCACUCUGACUGAGUGGUCUCUAGUGCUUCAUGGUACCCAGUCAGCAUCUUACAUUGAAGAAGCCAACGCCAGGUCGAAAUGCAAGGUCAAGGUCGAGCAGCUUGCUAAAGAAGCCGAAGAAGCAGCCCACAACCAGACCAUCAUAGAUCAACGGGAAGAAGAGGAAGUCGACCAGGCAAUGAAAGAAGCCAUGAUGAAGGCACAACUAAAGCAGGAGCAACAGGAGGAGGAACAACAACAACCAGCCGUAGAGAUGCAGGAAGACUACCCCGACGAAGCUGAACCGUCCAGUGAUCAAUAUCCGUAUAACGGCCAGGGAAAUGGUAUAUAUGACUCAGAGGUGUCUUCCAUGUUCGACGACUACAGCUCAUCCGCACCAUCAUACAUCCAAUCCUGGAAAAGGUUCGGCUCAGACGAAAAGUUUUUGACCUUGCUGAAGGAUUUACUCACGAAAGAAGCAGAAGACUAAAUGUAUUACAGACACCAAAGUCAUAAUCCAGGGUACAAUAAUUAAAAUAAGCACAGCUAAUUUAAGUUUUGGAACAUGAAACGAAAACGGAAAAAAACAAAUAUGCGAAGAAUAAUUAACAUUAAUAGAAAUCGCCAAUUUUCUCGAGGAAAGAAGAGGAAAUUUUGUGCUUUAUGUAAGAACAGCAAAAAAAUACAAAUAUAAUCUCUUAUAUUAUUUUAAUCAUGAGACCCUAAUACACUUACCUUGAAAAUAGGGCUUUUCAAAAUGCUUCAUGUAUAUUAUGUUCUUAAUAAGAGCAGGGUUUGGGGCCACGAAAUGACAAAAUCUUUAAGGACUAUUCCCACGGCUUUUAAUAUCCAGUCCAAUUUGGUGUUGGAGCAAACUUGUAAAACAAACUUGUUAACAACUAUUUUCUUUUAUUGUAAUUUAUUUUUCUAAUGUAAACCUACGCAAGGUUAUUUUUUGCAGUUUUUAACAAUUUCUCAUCCAUUCGAUAAGCCGUAUUUUUUGUAAAUAAAAAAGAGGCACGAGCUUCUUUAAUUUUUGUGGAUUAGACUGGAAUAAACUGGAAAUCGGGUUAA